ACGACAAUGGAACACGCAGUAUUUAAAUUCGUCGAUCUGCCACUAUUACCACUAUAUCCUGUCUUGGGAGCGGUUCUCUCGCCAUACGGGCUCCACAUCCGCUAUCGGGACAUCACUUCAGUACGGUUCGAUAAUUACAACAUAUAUUCUCGGACACACGGUGCAGGCCCAAAAGCCUUGAAGGAUGGAUAAAGCACUUCGAUUCACCGAAGGUCACCCGAUGUUCUGGACGUCUAACGCCUUCGCCACCGUCGAGGGGUCUAGUGACGCACCAGGGCACGUCUAUCAAGUCGGAAAGCAAGGCGCGGAUGAGGUCGACGCGGCCUUGGGACCAUUCAGGAAGUGUACAUUCGACGCCGAACGCGUGACACGCGAGACCUUCGUUCUCCCGACGAUUCAAGCCCAACUUGCUCGUGCUUCGCUCGACGUCCACGAAGGCCGGGGCUUUGUCAUCGUUAGGGGUCUCGACCCGCAACGGUACACAGCCGAAGAGAACUUGACAAUAUUUCUGGGCAUAUCCAACUACAUUGGAGAACAGAGGGGCGUGCAGGACAAGAUGGGUUCCAUGCUGACCCAUGUCACGGAUUCCAAGGUCUGGACCACGCCACCGGAAAUGCGUCAUGGUAUACACACGACCACCGGUUUGGCUUGGCACUGUGACAUGGGAGCCGAUGUUCUCGCAUUGCAUGUGCGAUCUCUUCCCAAAUCCGGCGGCAGCACCUUUGUGGCAUCGUCGUGGACCAUCUACAGGGAGCUGGCAGAGUCGUAUCCAACAGUUCUUGAGGCACUGUGCGACGCGAACUGGCCGAUCCAGGUGUCGGGGAACCCGCCGCGAUACAUUGUCGCGCCGCUCCUGCAUGUUUCCGAUGAUAAGAUUCUGAUCAGUGUCGACCCAGGACGACUGGGCCUUCAUCCUGCAACAGCCAAGAUCGGAACCGAGCCCCCUGUCCCUGCCUUGAGCCAGCAGCAACUCGAGGCUCUCGGAGUUCUUUCCGCCCUGGCAACCAAGCACCGAUUUUGCCUGGACCUGAAGUUGGGCGACAUUGUCUUCAUUAACAACCUCGGUCUCCUGCAUGCUCGUGACCCCUACGUCGACCCCGCGAACGGCCCCGGCCGUCAUCUCGUCCGCCUGUGGCUGCGGAACCCAAAGCUGGCUUGGACCAUACCACAGGCGAUGCGUCCUCCCUGGGAAGCUGCAUUCGGCCCUAACGGUAAAGGCUUCCCGGGGCUCGAGAAGCGGUAUCCUGUUGAACCGAGCCUGGUGUACAAGCCACCAAAGUACACGGCGGGUUCGGCCGCUUUCGUCCUUGAGGACGGCGAAGACGUCAACGCCGAAGGAUAUAUUUGAUUUCCCGCCACCUUCACCGAUGGACACGAGCUUCAAGAAAGCGAAAGCCCUUACGGACAUGUUGAUUUAUGCUCAUCUGUUUGUUCGCCAGUGUUUUCUCUCUUCCGUUUCCUCUCCUUUUUUUUCUUUUUUUUUCUUUUUUAACUUUUUUUCU